GGUCACGAGGCUCUUAAAGGGCAGCUAAUGCUUGAAGGAAACAAUGCACGCCGACGACGCAAUCUUCAGGGAUAUGCUAUGCCGUGUGGAUUAGCGAUCACAUCUCCAGAGUACUUCAAGGGAAUGGAUGAUCGUAGUGACGUGCACGAUGUGUUCACCAAAGCCAACUUUCCGCUCAUCAAAGAGCUGAUGUUCGAUCUUAACUUUACGCUCAACAUCGUACAGGUCGAUAAGGGCGGCUACAAGCACAACGGGACCUUCAGCGGUUUGAUGGGCAAGUUUCAGAAUCACUCGGUCGAGCUGGGCUGCAUGGGCAUUUUGAUGCGCACCGAGCGUCUCGAGGUGGUCGAUUUCAUGAUCGUCACGCUGAUCGUGAAGAGCAGCAUCAUCUUCCGACAGCCACCGCUGUCCAUCGUGGCGAACAUUUUCGAGCUACCGUUCAGUGUCGGUGUUUGGGCGUGUUGUUUCGGGCUGAUGGCCAUCUAUUGGAUCUGCAUGCUGGCGAUGCGCUACCUGGCGACCGGGGAGCGGUUCACGCCGAUCGAAUCGCUCGUCUUCAUCUUCGGCACGAUGUGCCAGCGGGGCAACGAUUUGGCGCCACCACAUUUCAACGGCACACGGUUGCUCAUGUUUUCGUUGCAACUGACCAGCUUCUUCAUCCUAACGUCCUACUCGGCCAGCAUUGUCGCGCUCCUCCAGAGCCCUAGCCGUGCGAUCUUGACCGUCGGCGAUUUGGCACGGUCUCCGCUGAAGGCGGGCGUUAUGGAAUCGAGCUACGGCCGGGUGUACUACCAAGAGACGCAAGACCCGGACGUGCAGGAGCUCUAUCGGAAGAAAAUUAAACCAUACGGCGACAAGGGGUUCAUGGAGCCGAACGAGGGAAUCGCUCGCGUAAAACAGGAAAUGUUCGCGUUCGAGACGGAAGUGAAUGCGGCCUACAAGGUGAUAAAGGAUACGUUCGCGCCGGAGGAGGUGUGCAAGCUGCAGGAGCUCGAAGCCAUCAAACUGCCGCCGUUCGGUGUCCCGAUCAGGAGGGGCAGCAAGUACCGGGAGAUGAUUCGCCAGCGGUUGAUGUGGCAGCGGGAGGUCGGCAUCAUCAAGCGCUUCACCAUUCUCUGGAUUCAUCAGAAGCCGCUGUGCGAAAACCAAAACGCCGGCUACAGCUCGUGCAGUAGCCAAAUAGACUUUCUUGAACUAAAGCUGGUCAAGGCACAUCUACUGUGA